UGGUGUCAUCUAGAAAAAAAAACGGAAGUGCGAUUGUUUUGGUCGAUCUACUUGAACACACAGGGGGAGGAAUGGAGGCGAAACAAGAGAGUCACAAGCUGAUCUUUGAGAAGGAGGGAGUUUACCUCCACACCAAUGCCAAGAGGAGCAAUCAGGACACAACCAUUCCCGGCUUUAUCCGGAUAGUUGAGCGGGAUGGAGAGCCGGCACUAGAAUGGAGUCCUGUUGAGGAUGAUGGGAGAAAUGCUCCGGCUGUCUUCUACACCAAAAAGGAUGGCGAAGGAGGGGAAGAGGAAACUAAGUUUGACCCAGGCUAUGAGCCAGACUGGGCUGUCAUCAGUAGAGUCAAGCCGGACAGACGGCAGGAACUUCCACCGGUCAGAGAAACGGGUCAGUGGGGCUCAUUCUCUCUGCCCCUGUCAGAGCUGUACUCUCUUCGGAGGGCUCGCUUCUCUCUGGGAAGAAACUUCUUGGUGCUGACCAGCAGAGGGGGCGAUCCUCUCCCACCCCUGCAUUUCCGUCGAGGGGGCACUAGAGAGCUGCUAAAAGCCAUGCAGCGUUACAUCAGACUGGCCCCGUCCCCGAUGGAUGGUAGGCUCUUCCUGGCAUACCCACAUGACUCUGGGGCCCUGUCGCAGUCGUUUGAUGAGCUGCACCUAUUUGAUGAUACCAGUGCAGACCUUGUGUCUAGGUUCAUACAGGACCCUUAUGCGACUACAUUUGGGGGCUUCUCCAAAGUGACUAACUUCUUCCGGGGAACACUUAGACAUCCAGAGUCGCCCCACAGUAACCGUUCACCUCAGGACACCCAUUUCCCACAUCCAGCUGAUGAGGAGCCAGGCUUUGAGCUCAUUACCUGCGGAGCGGAGCUCGGUCCCAGACCAGAAGUCAAAAGAGGAAAGCCGUUGGAUGAUUGGGAUCAGUUUUUGGAUCCAGAGGGCCGUGUCACAGAUCCACAGAGGGUCAAGGAGUUGGUGUUUAGAGGGGGCAUUGUUCCAUCUCUGCGGAAGGAGGUAUGGAAGUUCUUACUGGGGUUCUACCCAUGGAACAGCACAAGCAACGAGAGAGAGGACAUCCUUAGGGUCAAAACGGAUGAAUAUUUCAGGAUGAAGGUUCAGUGGAAAUCAGUUAGUGAAGAGCAGGAGAUGAGGAACUCUCUCUUCCGAGGAUACCGUAGCCUCAUAGAACGGGAUGUGAAUCGAACAGACAGACAGAAUUCCUUCUUUUCUGGGAACGAGAACCCUGGGCUUGCUCUGCUCAAUGAUGUACUGAUGACGUACUGCAUGUAUAACUUUGAUCUGGGUUAUGUCCAGGGGAUGAGCGACCUUCUGUCUCCUCUCCUCUUUGUUACCCAGAAUGAGGUGGAGUCCUUCUGGUGUUUGACAGGCUUCAUGGAUCUACUGCACCAAAACUUUGAAGAGUCUCAGGAGGCCAUGAAACAGCAGCUCCUUCAGCUCAGCCUCCUACUGAGGGCACUCGAUCCAGAGCUGUGUGACUACCUGGACUCUCAGGACAGUGGUUCACUUUGUUUCUGUUUCCGAUGGUUACUGAUUUGGUUUAAGAGAGAAUUCUCUUUUGAAGACAUCUUGAGUCUUUGGGAGGUCCUGUGGACUCGUCUGCCUUGUGAAAACUUCCACUUACUUAUGGCCUGCUCCAUUCUCGAGUCACAAAAAGGGGAGCUGAUUGGUUCAAAUCACGAUUUUAAUUCUAUACUUAAGCACAUCAAUGAGCUGACCAUGAAGCUAAAUCUGCAGUCAAUACUCUGUGGAGCAGAGGCUAUUUAUUUGCAGCUGGCACACUGCAAGGAGCUGCCUUCAAAGGUGCAAGAAGUUAUUGGGCUGCAUGUCCCAUCAAGCUCAGCAGAAGAGAGUCCCGACUCAGAGCCCAGAGAGACGGACACCCUUGUCACUCAUUCAGAGGCCAGAGGAGCCACUUCCUGCCAGCCGUUUAACGGGCAGACACCACAGCGCCCGCCUCCUACGUACCCCUAAUUCCAGAAGUGGAUCGGCUGAAGGGGAACAGAUGAUUUUAGCUGAAAUAUAAUGAUGAAUAUUCCAAAAAUGAUGAUUGUGUUUAUAAAAUAUGGUGAAUGUAAUUCAGAGAUUGAAAUCUAGAUCUGCAUAAACCUAAUAAAAAGGAGAUCAGCUGACUGUUUCAAACUGUACUUUCCUAAGAAGGGCUGAGUAUUUGCGACAUGCUGUUCAGAGUGAUGUGUGAAUGACUUUAUAGACAUUAUAGACAGAGAACAGAGAACCCUGCUUAUAGUGUGCCUAUUAUAGUCGCAGCUCAUAUUUUAUCUGUUAAUAUUUUAUGCAUUAAAUGAGCAUUAGAAAUCUAAUUGUUUGAUCCACUACUUGUAGUCCUGAAUUCCAUGUUAUUCCUUAUGUGUUGUAUGAUAGUGUAUAUUUUUUCCUUUCUUUUAAUGUUUUUUGUCUCCCUCACUUCCCUUUACUGUUACACUCAGUGACAGAAGAUAAUGCUUUGCACUACCAUUUUGCAUGCAGUGUAGCAAAGGCUGUCAUGUUUGUUUUUAAUAUUACCCAUUUUCAUACAGCUAAAGCAUCUAUAAAAUAAAGCAUUGAAAUUGAGUUCAUGA